AUGCGGUGGACCUCAUUCACUCUCGGUGCCACCCUGGCACUUUCUGGCACGGUGUACGGCAGCUAUGGCUCCAACAUGAUGCUCGACGGAGCAGUUGGUGGCAUGUUCCAACGUCGCGACGCGGGCCAACCGGAUGCCGCUUCGGUUCUCGAGGGCCGCCAGGCCGCCGCGGGCCGCUGUGGUGCCGACGGCGGCAACGCCAAGUGCCCGGCAGGCCAGUGCUGCUCGCAGUGGGGCUACUGUGGUGUGGGUGGUGAGUUCUGCAACCCGAUUGCACUCUGCCAGUCCGCCUUUGGCUCGUGCCUCGGUGCCUCGCAGUCGGCCACGGCCGCUCCGCCGCCUGUGACGACCACAAAGCCGGCAUCCCCCCCGCCCGUGACGACCACGAGUGCGGCUCCUCCGCCGCCCAAGACGACGACGACCCCGGCCAGCCCACCGCCGUCGACCAGCGCGAAGCCGCCGCCACCGGCCUCGACAUCGCCCGUGCCGCCCGGCACACUGGUGCCCAGCACCAACGGCAUGUGCGGCAACAGCACGACGUGCGCGGGUUCGGGACACGGGUCGUGCUGCAGCCAGUUCUUCUACUGCGGCGACGGCAUCGACUUCUGCGGCACGGGCUGCCAGUCCAAGUUUGGACUGUGCUUUGGCGGCGUCGCGCCGCCGGUCUCGUCCGCAAGCAGCGUCGCGGGCGGCAGGCCAACGACGAGCGCCUCGGCCACGCCCAAGCCGAGCGCCACGAGCGCCACAAGCUCUGCGGCCGCCGCGCCACCCGCUUCGUCGACGUCUGCUGCGGCCCUGCCGCCCGGCGUGUCGGUGACGACCGAUGGCUCGUGUGGCAAUGGCAAGACGUGCAAAGGCUCGACGUUUGGGGAGUGCUGUUCGCAGUUUGGCUUCUGCGGCACGGGCGACCAGUUUUGUCCUGCCAUUGUGGCCUGCCAACCGGAAUGGGGUCGCUGCGACCCAGCGACGGCCUAG